GCGGAGGCGCCGGGGGGAAGGUGGCAGCCGGGCCCAGCUCCCUCCGGCGGACCCGCCAUGUGAGGAGACUCCGACGCCCUUCAGGUUACAGUUGACACCAGAAGACAUGGACAGCGGCAGUUUCAUCCAGUUUGAUGUUCCUGAAUACAGCAGCACCGUACUGAGCCAGCUGAAUGAGCUCCGCCUGCAGGGGAAGCUGUGUGAUAUCAUUGUGCAUAUCCAGGGCCAGCCAUUCAGAGCCCACAAAGCUGUUCUAGCUGCCAGUUCUCCCUAUUUUCGUGACCAUUCAGCGUUAAGUACCAUGAGCGGCCUGUCAAUAUCAGUCAUUAAAAAUCCCAGCGUCUUUGAACAGUUGCUUUCUUUUUGUUACACUGGAAGGAUGUCCUUGCAGCUAAAGGACGUUGUUAGUUUUUUAACCGCGGCUAGUUUUCUACAGAUGCAAUGUGUCAUCGAUAAGUGCACACAAAUACUCGAAAGCAUCCAUUCAAAGAUCAGCGUCGGUGAAGUCGACUCUGUCACCAUCGGUGCCGAAGAUGCUGCUGAAAACCACAAUGGGGUUAAAGACAGCAGCUACUUUGCCAAUCCAGUCGAAAUCUCUCCUCCCUAUUGCUCUCAGGUGCGGCAGUCGACGUCAGGCAGCGAUCUAAGAAUGGAGACGACUCCAACCAAGGUUCUGCGUAACCGUCUGCAAGAAGAAGGCCAAUCAGAUCGCGGAAGCAGCGGAAGCGUUUCAGAAUAUGAAGUUCAGAUUGAAGGAGAUAACGAUCAGGGGGACUUGGUAGUAAGAGAGAGCCAGGCUGCCGAGGUGAAAGUGAAAAUGGAAAAAUCUGAUCGGCCAAGUUGCUCAGAUAGCUCCUCGCUUGGCGAUGAUGGGUACCAUACUGAAAUGGUUGAUGGGGAGCAAGUAGUGGCCGUCAACGUUGGCUCCUACGGCUCUGUACUGCAGAAUGCUUAUUCGUAUUCCCAUGGUGCAUCCCAGCCCGCUGGUGUGUUUGAGGGCUUCGGCAGCCUCAGAAACUCAAGCUCAUCAAGGUCCAUGCUAGGCUCUUUCCGCGGUCGUGGGCGUCAGAAACGGGUAUCUACUAGUCACUUGCAUAGUGAUGUUCCGGGCCUGAUACAGGGAGCCGACGGUGAAUCUGCAGGAAGUCACCUUGGUUACGAAAGUAGUCCACGGGAAAGGAAUUCGAGAGGUCACUUGUGUGCGUACAGUGAAAGGUUAAUCUGUAUAUACUGUGGAAAGUCUUUCAAUCAGAAAGGGAGUCUUGACCGACACAUGAGGUUACACAUGGGAAUAACCCCCUUUGUGUGCAAGUAUUGUGGGAAGAAGUACACACGCAAGGACCAACUCGAAUACCAUAUUCGCGGCCACACAGAUGACAAGCCUUUCCGCUGUGAGGUCUGUGGGAAAUGCUUUCCUUUUCAAGGAACUCUAAACCAGCACCUGCGAAAGAACCAUCCUGGCGUAGCUGAAGUAAGAAGCAGAAUCGAAUCUCCAGAAAGAACAGAAGCUUAUAUGGAGCAGAGAGACGAUGAUGCAUCAGCCUCCGAAACUUUGGAUUACAGCAUGGACAUCCACACGUCUGAUUAAAAGACUGUGUCCCCCUCAGUGCAACCCAAACAAAGCACAUUGAUCAAUGCAUUUCCUUUUUGUUGCUUUGGUAGCUUUC